CGGGGUGGAAGGAAGGAGGGGGAGCCGCUGCCUCGCUCCAUCUCUAGCUCGCUGCCUCGCUCGCUUGCUCCCCGGCUGCUGCAGCGGCCGCCGCAAGAGCAGCCCCCGGGGCUCUGGGAAAAGAAGAGCAGGAUCUCCUGUUGCUGUUCUCUCCCCUCCCCCCCCCAUCCCUCCUCUCUCCCAUCUCAAGAUGGCAUCCAGUGGCUCUGAAGGGACAGAGAUGAAGGGGGAUGAGGAGGGUUCCUCAGCCCAAGGCGAAGGGACUGGAACCACCACUCCUGGAGCACAGACUACCUUUCCCCAGGCUCCAGCUGGGGCCCAGGACAUCACAGAAACCCCCCAAAUGGUUCCAGAUUCCAUCAGACCAUCAGCUGGUAGCCCAGAAGUGGGGACCUCCCCUGAACAGGCAACAAAACCUUCAGAGGCACCAGAAGGGACCCCAAACCCAGUCAAGGAUACAGACUCCAUCCCAGACCCAGGAAGUUCAUUAACAGAACAGACCCCUGGAGUAGACUCCCACCCUCCAAUAACACCAGAAACCCACAAAGAGUCUGUGUCAGCCCCAGAAGGGAGAAAAGAGCCACCCCAAGAAGACAGCAAAGAGCCACCCCAAGAAGGGAACAAAGAGUCUGCCCCAAUCCUAGAAGUCAACAAAGAGCCUUCGGAGGCAUCACAGGGGGCCAAGCAGGAACCAGUCUCUGACCUCAGGCCAGCCUCCCAGCCAACAUCUCCUGUCCAAAAGACAACACCCGAGGACCUAACGGGGGACCUGAUAGAGAAACAAGAGAAUGGGGCGGUAGUGCCCAUGAAGGCUGGAGAGGAGGACAAAGGCACAAGUCCUCUGUCUCACUCCCCUCCUCCUCCCAAAGGCCCUCCAGCCAAUGGGGCACCCCCAAAGGUGCUCCAGCAAUUGGUAGAUGAGGAGAGGGGAGUUGGGGGGCAUGGUGCAAAGCCUGGCUCCCCCAGAGGCAGUCUGAGCCGCCAACCCAGCUCCCUGCUGGGGGGGCCAGGAGUGGAGGGGGGUGAAGGGACUCCAAAGCCACGUGACUACAUCAUCAUCGCCAUCCUAUCCUGCUUCUGCCCGAUGUGGCCAGUCAACGUUGUGGCCUUUGCUUAUGCCAUCAUGUCUCGGAACAGUCUACAGCAGGGUGAUGUGGAUGGAGCUCAUCGCUUGGGACAGGUGGCCAAGCUAUUGAGUAUCGUAGCAUUGGUGGGUGGGAUCCUCAUCAUCAUCACCUCCUGUGUCAUCAACUUUGGAUUAUUUAAAUGAGAAGCUCUACCCUGUGCCCCUCGGACUUUUUCUUCUGAACUACCAGGGGUCCAUCUCUUUCCUGGGGUGAGGCCUAAUGAUAGCCCCCACCAGCAGCCCUUGAUUCUUCGGAGACCCAGGGAGCUGGAGCAGGGCCUUGUUUACAGUACUCCUUUCCUCUCCUCUCCCUCCCCACUCCCACCUCAUUCAUCUCUCCAGGCCCUUCUCUGCUUACCCGCCAACCUUCCCUACCCCCCAAUCUUGUCCACCUUUUCUUGUUCCCUCCCCAUCUCCCUUUCCCGUAUUCAUCUUAUUUUCUUCCCAUAUUCUCAGCCUCUCUUCCUCUUUUUCCCAAUCUCUUUUCUUCUCAUCUUGUCGUUCCCAGUCUCAGUCUAGCCUUCUCUCUCAUUUCCCUUUCAUUCCCUGCCUCCAUUUCUCACCUUCCCUCUCCCCUGAGCAUACUACAAAAACGAAUAGACUGAAGGGGCUGUGGUGGGUGACGGGACCCUGGUCCCCACCUCCAGGUGAACAGACCCAUCUUUCUGAGAGCCUGCUCUCCUCCUUCUUUCACAAGAAGGCGUUGACAGAGGCUUUGCCCAGUUCAAAUUGGGAAAGGGAAUGAUGUUGAGACAUCCUCCCGGGAAUGAUAUGCAAAAACAAACCCCAGCCUCUCUCUCUGACUGUUCCGUCUCUUCAAAGACGAUUCCUGGGAGCAGACUAAAUGUCUCCCCUCCCAGUAUCUCCCUGUGAAGCCGAGUACGGGGAGAAAGCUGCAUCGAGGGGCAUGAGGGAAAGGGAGGGGGGUGGGUUUAGGGAAUCUCCUAAUUUCGCGGGGGGAGGGGGGCCUGGGGUGCAUUGCUGUUUGGUCUGCGAUGCCUGUCUUACGUACCACGCAUGAGGGAAUGUAACUGGGGCGGGUGGUUUCCAAGCUGGGCGCGUGCUGGCCCAGGCCAAUCACCCAGGCGCUGUGCCCCGGCCCGCAUCCCCCUCCCCUGGCUGCCCAAAGGAGAGGAUUUUAACAGUUUAUUUAUGUAUUCGUUUAUUUAUAGGGGGAGGGUUGUGCCAUUCACGUGCUUUGUAAGAAAAAAAAAAAAGCAAAAAAAUCGGACCAAAUGCCCAGCGACUGAGCUGGAAGCCUGGGCUUGCAAGGGGCGUGUCCUCGUGGAUUUUUUUUUAAGGGGACUAGGGCGACUUUGCCGCACGAGGCGGGGCAAGAGGGUGGGGGUGGGGGUAGGGAGCUACCCAGUCCAGGUGGUAGAUUUUUCUCAAAAAAAAAGAAAAAAAGAAAAGAAAAAAAAAGCGUGGUUAGAAAAACUCCACGGAUCUUAAAAAAAAAAAAAACAGCAAAAUUAUCUUACUGUUUACCCAUUUUGUAUGGAGGAUGCUGCAUGAAUCUGAGCACCAAUAAACUUGAGAUUGUGCAUGA